UAUUUUGGUCGCAGAUUAUAAUAAACCCAUCUUCUGUUUCUCUCUAUUUCCUGUCAGAACACGAUUGGGGAUCGACAGUGAGAUAGUCGCCGGAAGCGAAGGGUAGAAAGAUGACGACGAUUCGCCGAUUCUGCUGUAACGAUCUUCUUCGUUUUGCUUCUGUGAACCUUGACCACCUCACUGAAACUUUCAACAUGUCAUUCUACAUGACCUAUCUGGCAAGAUGGCCGGACUAUUUCCAUGUCGGGGAAGCACCCGAUAACCGAAUCAUGGGCUAUAUUAUGGGAAAAGUUGAGGGUCAAGGGGAGUCCUGGCAUGGUCAUGUAACGGCAGUUACUGUUUCUCCGGAGUACCGCCGGCAGCAAUUGGCUAAGAAACUAAUGAAUCUGCUGGAAGACACCAGUGAUAACAUUGAUAAAGCUUACUUUGUGGAUCUUUUUGUGAGGGCGUCAAACACACCAGCUAUCAAGAUGUAUGAAAAGCUUGGUUAUGUGAUCUAUAGACGAGUGCUUCGCUAUUACUCAGGAGAGGAAGAUGGAUUAGAUAUGAGGAAAGCAUUGUCACGGGAUGUUGAAAAGAAGUCUAUCGUCCCCCUUAAGCGACCAAUCACUCCGGACGAAUUGGAGUAUGAUUAGUUUUGUUUUGUAUGGAAUCUUAGCCCGUUGAAUUUGUUGAUGACGCCUCAGCAUGUGUCCUCUGACUUUUUUUUGGAGAUGAAGAGAUUUAAGGAUCUUAGUCUGCAUUAUGGCAGAAGAGAGUUCUCUUAUUCUCUACUUUCUUUGGAGUCCUCGUAGUUUGGGCAUGAUGCAUUCCCGCCAAUGGAGGUUGUUACUGUAAGCUUAUAAUCUCUUUCAACAGAUAUCUUUACUACAUGUUCUGUUUAUGUUUACAAUGCCGAAAGUUCAUGGAUUGCCAAACUUAAAAUGAUCUUUGUACUCAGCAUUUUAAUUUGUGGACUAAUUUAACAUCAUAUCUACCUUUGUUUAAAGCCA